UUUCAGGGUAAGUUCAUCUCCGAAUAAGAUGAACGGCCAUUUAAAUGACUGGACAAACCUGAUGGUGAGGCAGCAACUCUGGUGCUGUUUGCAGGGUAAAGCUACUGCAGCAGCCGGUCAAGACGUUUGUGGGGCCGACUGGUCUGACGAACUGUCCAUUCUGAAGUCCCCAGUGGGAAGACGUGCAACAUAAUGUAAUUGUGACUGCCAUCUUUAACUUAGUUGUAAUAAGCCAAGUGACACAAUUCCUGUGAGAUGUUUUGUAUGUUUGUGUUAUGUACAUUAAAGAAAUCUUUUCAAUAAAAGCUGUGUCAAGUGACUUGUGUGAGAGACUAGCAUUAAACUAAAAUGUACCCGAGAUAUGAAACCCGUCUUGGAGAAACAAAACGCAUUGGAGAAUCGGCAUGCAUUCCAGAGGAUAGCGGUAAUGCCCUUACGUUUGCAUUUUGAAAAAUAAAAAAUGACACCUAAAAAAAAAAAAGAAAAUCGCAAAACCUUCAACUUGAAUUGAAAAUUCAAGUUUGUACGCAGUCCAAUGCAUGUAGGUCGUUGUAAUUAAAGACAGGAGGGAAAUGGACGUAAUUACGGAAAACAUUUCCUGAUCGGCACCACCAUUUUUUUCCCUCCCUGUCAGGAGAAAAAGACGGAUUCCGAGAAAGCUGGCGAGAGUUUAGCGUAUAAGGCUAAGGGCAUAAAGGCGGAUGUAGGGGUUGCGUGUCUGUCUCACGGAUGUGGGUAACAUCUCGGCGCUUUCAGCCCGCUAGUGCAUGCAGUGUCCACCUCAGUCAUGAACCCGGAGGAGCAAACUGUUACUUGGCUCAUUUCCUUAGGAGUUCUGAACUCUCCGAAGAAGAACAUCGCAGAUCCGGAGGAGUUUCUUAAAACAUCUCUUAAAGAUGGAGUUGUGCUCUGUAAGCUCAUGGACAGGCUGCUACCGGGCUCGAUCCAGAAGUAUUGCCAGGAGCCGAGAAAUGAAGCGGACUGCAUUGCAAAUAUACGCGAAUUCCUGAAAGGAUGCGCUUCUCUGAAGAUAGAGGGUUUUGAGCCGGAGAACUUGUACACUGGUGAGAACUUCAGCCAGAUCCUGUCGACCCUCCUGGCUGUAAAUUUCGCUACUCAAGACCUCGCUGUGGACAGACCAUGCCCUCGUGCGACCUCCCCCGCCGCUAGCCAGUCGUCCUCGUCCCUGUCUGCACCCAAGUCCACCAAGAGUCUGCGCAGACCCUCCAAACCCACGGACAUGGCUGAGAACGGCAGCGGCGCAACACAGCUGCUGGUGAAGGCGCGCUUCAACUUCAAACAGAACAACGAGGACGAGCUCUCCUUCAGCAAGGGCGAGCUGAUCAGCGUCACUCGGCAGGAGGAGGGCGGCUGGUGGGAGGGAACGCUCAACGGCAGGACGGGCUGGUUCCCCAGCAACUACGUGCGGGAGGUCAAGCCGUCGGAGAAGCCCCUGUCCCCAAAGGCAGCCAAAGGCUUUGACCUGCCUCAGUUAACGAAGAACUACUACGGGGUGGUUGUGCAGGACAUCCUGGAGCAUGAACGUGGGUUUGUGAAAGACCUGCAGAACAUGCUUGGCUGCUACCUGCGCCCUCUGCUGGCCAGUGAAAAGCUGUCCAGCGCAGACAGCGCCGCUCUGCUGGGGAACCUGGAGGACAUUCUCAGCUUUCAGCAGGGCUUCUGCGUGGCUCUGGAGGAGUGUGCAAAGAUGCCUGAGGCCCAGCAGCGACUUGGGGGGUGCUACCUAAACCUGAUGUGCCAGAUUAAGCCUCUCUACCUGAACUACUGUUCCGGCCACCCCACCGCCGUCUCCGUGCUCACCGACCACAGCGAAGAGCUGGACCGGUUCAUGGAGAGCCAGGGUGCCGGCAGCCCAGGCAUCCUCACGCUGACCACGGGCUUGAGCAAGCCCUUCAUGCGGCUUGAGAAGUACGCCACCUUGCUGCAGGAGCUGGAAAGGCAUGUGGAGGAGGCCCAUCCGGACUACAGCGACAUUCUGAAAGCCACCGCGGCCUUCAAGAACCUUGUGGCACAGUGUCAGGAUCUGCGCAAGCGUAAGAACCUGGAGCGACAGAUCCUCUCGGAGGCCGUGCGCGGCUGGGAGGGGGAGGCCAUGCUCGGGUUGGGUCCUGUGCUCUACAUGUCCCAAGUUCACAUGCAGAGCGGGUCAGGCGAGGACAGAGAGGAGCGCUACUUGAUGCUGUUCCAAGGGCUCCUGAUCAUGCUGUCCACCAGUUCUCGAAUGAGUGGUUUCAUCUACCAGGGAAGGUUACCGCUGACUGCCUCAACUGUGAUAAAACCGGUAGAAGACACCGAAAAUGGCCAUCAUGCCUUUGAGGUGACAGGGAGCCACGGUGAGCGGAUAACAUUUUUCUGCAGUGGCCAUCAGGAUUAUCAGGAAUGGCUUGAGCACCUGACAAAGGGAGGGAGUCCAGUGGGUACUGUGUGUAAGGACGGACGGUCUGCACACGGCGCCACAGCGCACCAGGUUUCCUCCCACAGCUUUGGCUCGUCUCUCAGUAGCCGCGGACCCCUCGAGCCCCCGAAAAUUGCCAAGCCCUGGUCCCUGAGCUGCUUACGGCCUGCACCCCCACUGAAGCCGUCUGCUGCACUGAGCUACAAGGAAAGGAUGUCUUAUAUCCUGAAGGACUCCAGCAAAAGCCCCAGACCCAUUACGAAGUUUCUCCAGAAGAGAAAAACUGAGAGGAAACCGUCAGAUGAUGAAUUCCUGUUGAGGAAGAGCACCGCGGCUCUGGAGGAGGACGCACAGAUCCUGAAGGUCAUCGAGGCGUACUGCACAGGGGCCGGCUUCCACCAGGCCACCACCGGUGCUCGGAGGGAGUGCGUCCCUCAGGUGCUCCUGCCCGAAGAGGAGAAGAUCAUCGUGGAGGAGUUGAGGAGCAACGGACAGAUGACGGUGGAGGAGAAGAGUCUCGUCGACGCUGUUUAUGCAUUAAAGGAUGAGGUCCUUGAAUUAAAGAAGGAGAAUAAACAGAUGAAGCAGUAUCUGGAAGAGGAGCAAAAGUCACGUAGAGAGCUGGAGAGGAUGGUGAGGAAGCUAGCGAAACAAAAGAGUGACUCUGCGUGGGAGGAUGGCGGCCAUUAAGCGGCGAGCUCCGGGUUUCUGAAAAACCGCCGGCGGCUGCCCUGUGGCGACGAACAUGUCGGCCGCUGACGGACCCUUCAGGACAACCUGGACAAAGACGCAUUUCACAUGGACUGUUUCUGUUUCUUAAGCAAUUAAUUAGCGAUUGCAUGAGAUGAGAGAGCUAGCGAUUAAUUGGGCAGCGGUGACAAUUAGUAAGAGAUGAUAGAAAGGUAGACCCCGCCAGACAACAUAAGGAAAUGUGGCGUGAGAUGGCAGGACCACCUACACUCGGUGUCUCAAUGAAGUGAAGUGAUUGUUUCUCGACGGACGCUGUUGUUGGGUUUUCUGGAAUGUUCUAAGUAUCAUGAGCUGCUCUCUACAAAGGAGGACGUUGAGGCAGAAUAAUUGGAAAUACAAAGUGGCCUCGUGAGCUGGUCUGUAAUACCAUGAAAACUGUGAAUGGCCUGUCAGACGACUCAGUUUUUAAAUGUACUCAGAGAUAUUACAUGAAACAAAAUGUCAUCUGAGAGACUCCCAGUCCUCUUGGCGUGUGUUCAGUAUUUUGUUACUAGAUGACUAAUUUGGUUUAUCUUGGAUGUGGUGAGAAAGUGUACGAAUUGCAUUACUGUUUUAUUUUUGUAAGCCGAGCGUGCAUUUCAGACGUGCAGCUACGCUUCAGCUGUAUCGCAAAAGUAUUUGUUAGGGCUGUAGAUUUUAAAUUGUUUUCAAUUUCCAUGGUUCUUUUAUUCCGUGUGGCUCCCAGACUCCUGACACAUAUUAGUAAGGACACAGUAUUUCAUGUUUAUGCAUCGAGGAAAUCAGUCUGAAAUAAUUUACGUCACUGUUUGUUUUCAGUGAAUGUCCGAACUGUUACCGCAUACCCUUCUUAUUAGACGUAUGAGCUAUGUAAUUCGUUUUUUUAAAUAUCUUAUAUAUUACAUUUAUAGACACUGGCAAAUGUACUUUCAUAUGCAAAAUGAUUCAUACUCUGAGGGGAAAUAUAUAAUUAUAUUGCUUAUUUAUUUUUCAUUAAAAUAUUACAAAGUGUAUAUUUCGUACUGGAAGAAACUCUUCGGUUGAAGGUUUUUGGCCUGUGUGAAUUCCUGUCCGUAAACUUUCGUUCGAUGUUUGUUUGCGCAGACAUUCAGAAUAUGCACUUUAUCAAGCAAUUUAUCAAGCAUUCGCACCAGUGUAAAUGUCUGAAGUGAAAUUAAGAUAAAGGAAUUAGAAGAUCAAAAGGCAUUUUGGAACUAAAGAUGAACAUUUUAUUUUGUGUUUUUUUUUCCUUGUGUAUUUGGUAGAACAAACUGGUGGUUUGUGUUUUGUUUUGUUUUUUUGUUUUGUUUUUUUGUUUUGUUUUAGUUUUGUUUUUUGUUUUGUUUUUGUUUUGCUUUGUUUUUGUUUUCACCUGUUCAGAAAGCUUCACUAAUCAGACCUAAACACUGAAUUCAAGGGUCCAGUCAGGGAUUCUUUCUGUGGUCAGAUACAGGACAGAUGUUGAGCAGCUGUACCACCACAGAGCGAUGUCAUUGUAUUUAGGAAAUGGGCGGGCAGUUAACCUGUGACCUGAGAAGGCGUGGCCCACCCUCGCACAAGUACGGGUUCGACACAUGCUGUGAAAAGUAACCAAAAACCAAACCCCGCUGGGAAUCUCUUUAGGUUGCAAUAUAAGCUGAAAUUGCUAUGAUUUAGCGCAAUAAAUUGGUUACGUUGAUUUUGCUGUUAAUUUGGUAUGUGGUUAUUUGCGGGACAAGAACAGCAUUGUGUGCGGAGGCCCCGGAUAUAACGUAACUGAUGUUACUCUGAUGAACCUUUAAAGCACCAAUCCCAACGUAAGGAUGCAGCCCUGUGAGAAUCAGGCUGUAUGCUGUAACAAACUCUUCCACUCUCCUCAAAUGCAAUUUCUGAGUUUUCCUCUCAAGCUUGGAUUGGCAGCAAAUGUAUGAUUCACGGAUGUGUAUUUAAACUAUUAUACCUAUGAAUAGCCAUCAUUACAUUUGUAAUAAAAGUAAAGCAUUGCUUGCAAA